CGGAAUCAGCGAAAAGCGAUCAAGAAGUCAGGAAAGCACAGCCCAGAUAUUGUGGCGCAGCCGAUCUCGACAUGUUUUCCGUGCGCCGCCCUUCCUCAGGUGUGCUGCCAGACGUACUACAUGAUGAUUCACAGCUUAGAAGCAGCAGAACAGAACAGAACAGAAGCCUUGCGCCGGCCACAGCGCGUGAGCAAUGGGUGA